AUAUGUGUGUAAUGGUAAUGGAUUAGCCACUUUGAUAACUGGUCAGUUCCCUUUGUCCUCAAUUUUCUUUGUCGGACUGAGACACCUAAGAUGACUAAUCUCAACACCGUCAAGUUCACCAAGCUCUUCAUCAAUGGAGAUUUUGUUGAUUCACUUUCAGGAAGGGAGUUUGAGAGCAUAGACCCAAGAACGGGAGAAGUAAUCGCAAGGAUCGCAGAAGGAAGUAAAGAAGACAUCGAUGUUGCUGUGAAAGCGUCACGUGUCGCUUUUGAUCACGGUCCAUGGCCUCGUAUGACCGGCGUGGAAAGAGCAAGAAUCAUGAUGAAAUGGGCAGAUUUAAUAGAUGAAAACGCAGAAGAAAUAGCAAAACUGGAUGCCAUUGAUGCAGGAAAGUUGUACCAUAGGUGUAAGGCUUUUGAAAUUCCUGCAGCAGCAAAUACUAUACGUUACUAUGCUGGUGCAGCUGAUAAAAUUCAUGGAGAGGUAUUAAAACCAGCACGAGAGUUCCAUGCAUAUACUUUGAUGGAACCAAUUGGAGUUGUGGGACACAUCAUUCCUUGGAAUUUUCCUAGCUCCAUGUUUGUCUCCAAGGUUGCUCCUUCCUUGGCUGCUGGUUGCACAAUGGUCCUCAAGCCUGCUGAACAGACACCUCUCUCAGCUUUGUUUUAUGCUCAUCUAGCUAAACUGGCUGGAAUUCCAGAUGGAGUGCUCAAUGUAGUACCCGGAUUUGGCCCAACUGCAGGUGCUGCAAUAUGCUCACACAUGGAAAUUGACAAGGUCAGUUUUACGGGUUCAACAGAAGUAGGGCGUGAAGUAAUGCGUGCUGCAGCUAAUAGUAAUUUGAAACCAGUUUCGCUUGAACUAGGAGGCAAGUCACCCCUCGUAGUUUUUGAUGAUGCUGAUCUAGAUAAAGCCGUUGACCUUGCUCUCUUGGGUGUAUUGUAUAACAAGGGAGAAAUUUGUGUUGCAGGUUCCCGGGUAUUUGUUCAGGAAGGGAUCUAUGAUGAAUUUGAGAAGAAGCUGGUAGAAAAGGCAAAAGCUUGGGUUGUUGGGGAUCCUUUUGAUCCCAAAGUUCAACAAGGGCCUCAGGUUGACAAGAAGCAAUUUGAAAAAAUCCUUUCCUAUAUUGAGCAUGGAAAAAGAGAAGGAGCCACCCUUUUGACAGGGGGCAAAAGAGUGGGCAACAAGGGUUACUACAUUGAGCCUACAAUUUUCUCUAAUGUUAAGGAGGACAUGCUAAUUGCCCAAGAUGAAAUAUUUGGUCCUGUGAUGGCACUGAUGAAGUUUAAGACCAUUGAGGAAGCAAUUACAAAUGCUAACAACACUAGGUAUGGCCUAGCAGCAGGCAUUAUGACCAAGAGUUUGGAUACAGCAAACACUAUGUCAAGGUCAAUUCGUGCAGGCAUUAUUUGGAUAAACUGUUAUUUUAUCUUUGGAAAUGAUAUUCCUUAUGGAGGUUAUAAGAUGAGUGGGUUUGGAAGAGAUUUAGGAUUGGAAGCCCUAUACAAAUACCUACAAGUUAAAUCUAUUGUAACACCCAUUUACAAUUCUCCUUGGCUUUAAAUUCAUAUGUUCUCUUUGUAAACUGUAAUGACUAAUGAGCAAGACAUGAGUUUCUGCCAAUAUGCUUUCAUCUAAGCAAUAAAAUUGGGCACAUUUUACCUUGCAUA